AUGGCCGGUACUACUAGCAUUCCAAUUCUAAACGGGCACUCCGAUGAUACCACCGGCGGCAUCAAUUCCGACCCUGGCCGCAUCAAGUUCGCCUACUGGGUGCCAAAUGUCUCUGGCGGCCUCGUCAUCAGCAAGAUCCCGCAACGCACCAACUGGGAUUUGGCAUCCAACGUGAAAUACGCCCAAACUGCGGAACAAGUUGGCUUCGAAUACGCCCUGUCCCAGAUCCGGUUCAUGGCUGGCUACGGUGCUGAGCAUCAGCACGAACCUGUUUCGUUUUCCCAAGCCAUCUUGCACCAGACCCAGAAGCUCAUUCUCAUCGCCGCUCUCCUGCCGGGUCCGUGGAACCCCGCGGUGGCUGCGAAGCAGAUUGCGAGCAUCGACCAUUACUCGCAGGGUCGUAUCGCCGUCAACAUCGUGUCGGGAUGGUUCAAGACCGAGUUCACCAGCAUCGGCCAGUGGUGGCUCGAUCAUGCAGAGCGCUACCGCCGAAGCCGCGAGUUCAUCGAGUGCCUCAAGGGCAUCUGGACCCAGGAAAAGUUCACCUUCAAAGGCGACUUCUAUCAGUUCCACGAUUAUCCGCUGUCGCCGAAGCCCCUAAAAUGGGACAAUAGACCACAUCCGGAGAUCUUCCAGGGAGGUAACAGCAUCGACGCAAGGGAGAAUGCGGCCACCGUGUCCGAUUAUUACUUCAUGAACGGCAAUACGCUCGAGGGUUUCCAGACGCAAAUUGCAGAUGUCAAAGAGCGUGCGCGCCGUGAAGGCCGUGAAGCCGAAGUGAAGUUCGCGCUGAAUGGCUUCGUGAUCGUGCGUGACACGGAGGAGGAGGCAAUUCGCGUGUUGCAAGAAAUCCAAGGCAAGGCCGAUCCUGAGGCGGUCGAAGCUUUCCGCAAGGAGGUGCAGAACGCCGGAGCGUCGACUGCCAACAAGCAAGGCAUGUGGGCAAAUAGCAAGUUCGAGGAUCUCGUCCAGUACAACGAUGGGUUCAAGACCAAAUUGAUCGGCACAAAGGAACAGGUCGCCGACCGGAUUCUGCUGCUUAAGAGUCUGGGCGUGAACGUUCUGCUUACGGCUUUUCUGCACUACGACGAGGAGAUUGAACGUUUUGGCAAAGAGGUGAUUCCUCUAGUGAGGAAGCUUGAGAGUGAGGGCAGAGGUAAAGAUCAGGAGGAUGAGAUCAAAAGAACUGGCGAUGUAUACAAGGCCCGGGAGCCAAAUGAGACCAAGAAAUAG